AUGGUGCGCCUUGUCGGCCUCGCCGUAGGACUUUUCGCAGUCAUCCGUAUCUCUAAUGGUGCUCUUCAAUGUAAUUCUACAAGCGACGAAAACACCUCCUGCUCCCGAAACACCAUACUUGCUAUCGAUGCCACUAAUUAUAUGCUAUCCUACGAGAACAUUCGCACCGAGUUUGACUUCAUAGAAACCUGGGUACUGCCUCGAUUAGACAUUAGAACGGGAUAUGUGGCUGUCGGAAUGACAGCAUACGGCACUGGAUCAACCACUAUCUACGAUUUUAGCUACGAUAAGCCACAAAUUUGUGAGAACAUAGAAAAAUUGUGGGGUGGCGUGGAUUUUACGACUGCCAGCAAUGUGCCUCUGUCAAGAACUAUACGAAAUCUUUUCAACAAUUUUGGCUUCGACUACACAUCAUUAGUACUUUUCACCGGUGAUAGAGAUCAAAGCGAUGUAGAUGCUGCAGCAUCUCAAGUCCACUACUACAUUGAUAAUAAAUUGACUAGAGAUUUUUCUAUAGUAAUUGUAAAUUUUGGAAACUGUUCAUUUUCCUCCUGGCCUGCGGAUCACACUGAUGUAUACGACGGACUUACGACAGAACCGGAUCUGCUGUCAAAAUAUGUGGACGACUCUAUUUGUGGUUUGUUUGAGUUUACAAAUGAAGUAAAUUCUAGAGAACAAUGA